AUGGCUGAUUCUAAUUCUAAUAAAAAAGAAAAUGGUAGUGGAUUUGGAUUAAAACAACCUGAUUACGAAGUUCAAAAAGCGCAAUUGGUUGGUGAAUUGAAAUGUAUACAACAAUUAUUAAAAGAUAAAACCGAACAAAAUGCACAAUUACAAACAAAUUAUAAUGCUUUUCUUGAAAAGUUAACUAAUUUAGCACCAGAUGUAAAUGCUGCUAUAAAAAAAGCAUUACAAGA